GAGACCUCGGUGACGCUACCCGAACAUCAUUGCCACCGUCGCUGCCGGUCCCAGAAGCCACUGAAGUUUUAUUUGAACCAUUUGCGUGCAUAAUUUUAUAGAAUUUUCGCACCGCUGCCGAGUGUACGCUACAUCACAAUGCUCAACAAAAAGACGCUCAUGCAUUUGAAACUGAUUUUCACCACCAGCGUCAUGGCGUUUCAGCAGUUUCUCGCCGGUGCAGUUUUUGGAUAUUCCGCUGUAAUAUUGCCGCAGCUUCAGCAUCCGGAUUCUCUUAUCCAUGCCAAUUCCGAACAAGCUUCAUGGAUAGCCAGCAUUCCGUUACUGUUGUGUCCCAUCGGCUCCAUAGUUUUCGGCUAUUUAUCCGACAGGAUCGGUCGGAAAAAUACGCUGCAGCUGACGUACAUUCCAAUGAUAGCGAGUUGGACGCUUCUCAGCAACGCGCAUUGCUUAGAACACAUUUACAUCGGAAGACUUUUGGGCGGACUAGCAACUGGUACCGGUGGCGUGAUCUUCGUGUACAUCGCGGAGACGAGUCCGACGGGCAGCCGGCCGUUCUACCUGAUGAUGUUCACACUGUUCGUGAGCCUGGGCCAGCUGACCACCGCGGCGCUGGGCGUGGUGCUGCACUGGCGCGGUGUGGCCGCGGUGUUCGGCGUGCUGUGCGCCGCGGGCGUGUGCGCGCCGUUCCUGGUGCCCGCGCCGCCGAUGUGGUUGCGGUCGCGCGGCCGCCACGAGGAGGCGCGCAAGGCGGAACGGUGGUUCGGGUUCGAGCUGCCGCGGAACGAGAACGCGCCGCCGCUGCCGCCGCCACCGUGCGCGUCCGCGGCCAUCGCGACGCUGUCCCGCGGCGACUCAACGUUGGCCGCGACAAUAGGCCGCCGCCCAAACGUGGGCUGCUGGGCCACGUACACAGCGCCGACCGUGUGGAAGCCCGCGGCCGCCGCGCUUGCGUUCUUCGUCUGCCAGGAGUGCACCGCAAGCGCCGGAUGACCGUCGUCUCCAGCCUGGGCAUGUGCGCGUCCAUGUCUACAGUGGUCGGAUACGUGUACGCGUUCCGCGACUCGGCCAGCCCGCCCGCCGGCGACCUGCUCAUCGUGCCGUUCCUGCUCUACGUGUUCUUCGCCAUGUUCGCCGUGCUCCCGUUCCCGUGGAGCUUGUGCGGCGAGAUGUUUCCCAUGGAGGUCAAGGGCACCAUGAACGGCGUGCUCUACUCGUGCGGCUACGAGCUCAUGUUCGCCGCCAUCAAGAUGUACCCGACCAUGGUGGCCACGUUCGGCAUACUGGCCGUGUGGACCGCGUGUGCCUUCAGUUGCUUCGUCACCGCGCUCUUCGGCGCGUUCGUGCUGCCCGAGACCACCGGCAAGUCGCUCAAUGAGAUCAUCGAGGGCUUCAAGUCGUCGUCGUCGUCCCGCAGGUGCCGUAAGCCCCUUAAGCUCCAAAUACCCUAGACCGCACAACCCUAUGCCAUGCACCACCGACAAUGUUUCGGGACAAAUCAAAAAUGUUUUUGACGGUAUAAUUCACCUGAAUCCAAUCGCCCACCCACAUCACAAUAGUACACGUCAAAACUCGCUCGGCAUACGGAACACAGGAAGACUUAUAAAAUACAGUUCGGCAGGUCCACCGGUGACAGAACGGUUACUCCGAAGGUACACGCGUGGAGGAAAGCAGAUGCGUUCACGGUCCAAUGUUUCCCCUUACCAUGACUGAUAACAGCCAUUCCGUCGCGCGGUAGGUAUGCCGCAAUAAUAAUCGCGAACCGAAUAUUAAAUUAUUACGUGCCCUAAAAGUUUUUUGAAAAAGAAAUAAUGAAUUUGACUCGAGGGUUCUGGUGGACUUCGAAUUAACGGAUCCGGACAAAUAAAACAUUGUACAAUUAUAUUCGUGUAAAUAUUUUG